AUGGCUUCCGCCGUGCAGGUGCAGCUCCUCGUCACGGCCGUCCUCUGCAUCUCACCGCGAUGCUUCGCGUCGGACACCAUCUCGGCCACCUCCCCCGUCUCCGGCAGCCGGACCGUCGUGUCGAAAGGUGGUAGCUUUGAGGUUGGUUUCUUCCGACCACCAGUAGCUAACAGCAAUGCGACGUCGUCGUCGUCGUCGUCUCGGAGCAGCAACUACUACGUGGGGAUAUGGUACAAGAAGGCCGUGUCGCCAUGCACGCCGGUCUGGAUCGCGAACAGAGCGGCGCCGGUCGCCGACCCGGCCUCGUCGCGGUUCGUCGUAGCGGCCGACGGCAACCUAGUGCUGAUCAACGAAGCCAACGCGCUAGUCUGGUCCACGAACGUCAGCUCCGGCGCCGGCGGCGCCAACGGCACGGUGGCCGUCAUCUUGGACACCGGAAACCUCGUGCUCCGGCGCAAGGUCGACGGUGACGACGAGGUCGUGCUGUGGCAGAGCAUGGAUCACCCUGCCGACACGUGGCUCCCUGGAGGGCGGCUCGGGCUGAACAAGGUCACCGGCGAGGCGCAGGUGCUGACCGCUUGGAAGAACUCCGGCGACCCUGCCCCCGGCGUGUUCUCGCUCGGGAUCGACCCGGCCGGGACCAGCCAGUACUUCAUCCUGUGGAACAGGACGGUACCGUACUGGGCCAGCGGCGAGUGGAACGGCGACAUCUUCGCCGGCAUCCCGGAGAUGACGUCGCACUACAUCUACAACUUCGAGUUCGUGUCCGACGCCAACGCCAGCUACUUCACCUACUCGCUGCAGGACCCGGCGAUCAUCUCCAGGCUCGUCGUCAGCGUCUCCGGCCAGAUCACGCAGCUCACGUGGGUGCCGUCCGCCGACGAGUGGAUCCUCCUCUGGACGGAGCCGCAUCGGCUGUGCGACGUCCACGCCGUCUGCGGCGCGUUCGCCGUCUGCGACGAGAAGAGCCAGCCGUUCUGCAGCUGCCUCUCCGGCUUCCGCGCCGCCGCACCGGAUGAGUGGGAUCUAGGAGACCACACGAAGGGUUGUCACCGGAACACUCCAUUGCGGUGUGCGAGCACGAGCACGAACACAUCGGCGGCGACCGGCGACGAGGACGAUGACGACGACGACUUCUUGCUCAUCGCCGGUGUCUCACCGCCGAAGAAUCCAUCCCGUGUGAAGGCAUCCAGCGAUCCAGACUGCAGGUCGGCUUGCUUGAUGGAUUGCAGCUGUAACGCCUACUCCUACGGCGAUGGCUGCGCCCUGUGGCACGGCGAUCUGCUCAACUUGCAGCGGCGGACCGACGAGGCUGCCGGCUCCGGCAAUCUCUACGUCAGGUUGUCCGCCAUGGACGUGGCUUCGAAGAGCAGCAAGAAGACGGUAGCUCUGGCAUGCGCCAGCUCCGCAGCUGCGUUGAUCCUAGCUCUAUCCACCAUGGCGGUCGUUCUGCUCUGGAUGUCGAGGAAGAGACAGAGCUUGAGAUUCACGCAAGCACUAGAACGUGGCAACCUGGUGGCGUUCAGGUUCAGCGACGUGAGGACAGCGACCAAGAACUUCUCGGAGAAGCUCGGCGGCGGCAGCUUCGGGUCGGUGUACAAAGGCAAGCUUCCCGGCGGCGUCUCCAUCGCGGUGAAGAAGCUCGAAGGGCUCGCCAGCGACAUGGGCGACAAGCAGUUCAGGAACGAGGUGCGCACCAUCGGCACGAUCCACCACGUCAACCUCGUCCGCCUCCGUGGCUUCUGCUCCGGCCGCGGUGGCGAGCGGCUGCUCGUCUACGACUACAUGCCCCACGGCUCGCUGGACAGGGCGCUGUUCGGCGGGAAGUCCCCCGGCGCCGCCGUGCUGAGCUGGGGCGAGAGGUACCAGAUCGCGCUCGGCGCGGCGAGGGGGUUGCUCUACCUGCAUCAAGGCUGCCGCGACCGCAUCAUCCACUGCGACAUCAAGCCGGAGAACAUCCUGCUCGACGAGGCGCUGGUGGCGAAGGUCGCCGACUUCGGCCUCGCCAAGCUGGUCGGGAGGGACUUCAGCAGGGUGCUAACCACGGUGCGCGGCACCAUCGGCUACCUCGCGCCGGAGUGGAUCUCCGGCGUGCCAAUCACCGCCAAGGCCGACGUGUACAGCUUCGGGAUGGUGCUGCUCGAGAUCGUCUCCGGCAGGAGGAACGCGCGGUGGUCCGGCCCGUGCUCGGAGUACUUCCCGCUGGCGGCGGCGAGGAGCGUGCGGGAAGGGGAGGUCGCCGGGUUGCUGGACGAGCGUCUCGACGGCGAGGCGGACUUGCGGGAGCUCGACCGGGCGUGCAGGGUGGCUUGCUGGUGCGUGCAGGACGAGGAGGCGAACCGGCCGGCGAUGGAGCAGGUGGUGCAGGCGCUCGAGGGCGUCAUCAGCUUCGACGUGCCGCCGGUCCCGGUGUCGCUGAAGGUUUUCGCCGACGGCGCGUCGCUCUCGUCCUUCUCCGAUGAGUGCUCCGGCGCACAGCUGAAAAGCUCUUCUUGA